AUGCAUGGAUUUAAUGAUUUGGAUGAUAUUUUUCUACAUGGCCCGAUUUUGUUUGAAGAAAUAAUUUCAUCUAAUUUUAAUAUUUUGAGUUUAGUUGAAAUUUUUUCGCCAAAUCCAAGUCCAAUACCUUCUGAUGAAUUAGAAAGUUUGGAAACUUCAAUAGAAAAUGAAGGAAACAAUCGUUUUCACAAAUAUUUAUUAGUUGACAGACUUUUGUGUUUUGGUAUAGCUAAAUCUAUGCUUUUUUUUGAAAAAUUGACUUUAUCUGAUCAAGUAAUAAAAUUUUGGAUUUAG